AUGAAUUACUCUCAGUACGCUCCUCAACGGGGCGAUCCACAUCGCCAAGGAUUUCGGCCUGACAAUCGUCAGCACGGUUCGUACAACAUCUCGCCUGUUCAGCGGAUGCCCGAUUAUCAGUACGCUGAACAGACGCCGUCGUUGCGCAUGCCCACUGUGCAUCAGGAUCUGGACUCAACACCACAAAUUCAGAGUGCCGUCAGGGUGGAAAUGCGGGACCCUCAUGGAUCACCUGAGCUCCCGCAACCCGCCGUCAGAAGUCCAUCACUCAAGCUUGACACAUCUCCACAGAGUCCAACAAGCACUCGUUUAGUAACGAUCUCGACCCCGUCUCCUGAGGCCAGAUCCUCGCCUGGCACGCCUAUUGUUGUUAAACGGGGCUCGCCACAUCAAGCACAACUCAUCUCAUUCAAGCCCGAGCCUCUUCCUCAAAACCUCAAGCAACAGGCUGCCCAAGGCGGUUCAAAUAUUUACGGGGGUGCGCCUCGAGCUGCAUCUACACCGUCUCUGCAUAUGCCGACAGUUAAUAUCAAAAUCGGCGAUAGAAGCAGUUCGUCCAGACAAGAUUCUACCUCUUCUCAGUUUGGCGCAUUGGCUGCGAACGCAAAACCGCAGCCUCAGCGUCGCCAAUACAACGAAGGCAAGACCGAGAAGCCUCAGAAGCUUGAUAUCGAGCGAUUUGAAGCUAUCAGGCGGAAUGCCUGUGCCCAGUUUCAUGACCCUGAAGUGCAGAUGGAGUAUGCAAAGGCACUAGCUGAGGCGGCUGAGGUAUUGGCUUCUCGAUAUACUGAUCCAGCUACCCCAUCGACUAUGCAUGUUGACGGCAAGGUCGAGCAGCGAAAUCGUGAUCAUUGGACAAGAGAAGCGUUAGCCAUUACGAGAAAACUCGCCCUUAAAGUCAUGUUGCCCGAGGCUGCGUAUUUUCUUGGCUGCAGCUACUCUACUGGUGCCUUAGGGCUAGAGGUUGAUGCGGCAAGAGCUUUCGAUCUUUACACACGAGCAGCCAAAGCUGACCAUGCUCAAGCUUCUUACCGGGCGGCUGUUUGUUACGAGCUCGGGGUUGGCACGCGACGAGAUGUCGACAAGGCGCUCACUUGGUACAAACGAGCUGCUCAGCUCGGAGAUGUCUCAUCUAUGUAUAAACUCGGAAUGCUUGCACUGGACGGCAAUAAUUUCGAAGAGGGCCUGACGUGGCUUCUUAGAGCGUCCGACCUUGGAAAUGCGUCUUCACCGCAUGCUCUUCAUGAACUGGGGCUAAUCUAUGAGGGUGGGGAGCGAAGCUGUGGCCGACGUAGAUCCAGCACCCACUCACGCAAGCACUCUGAGGGUCAUCACCGAAGAUCAACAAGCGUGACCUCCAUCAAGUCGACAGGCUCCUCAAAUACUAGCAGCAGCCUCGUUCAGCGAGAUGCAGCCAAGGCUCUUAGUUUUUUCUACCAAGCAGCCAAACUUGGGUAUGCUCCAUCGCAGUUUAGAAUUGGCCAUGCAUACGAGUACAAAGAGCUCGGAUGCGAGCUCGAUCCCCAGAAAAGCAUUUCUUGGUAUACUGCUGCAGCAGAACAAGGAGAUGCCGAAGCUGAAUUGGCCCUGUCAGGCUGGUACUGGACAGGAGCCAUCGGCGUUUUGAGGAAAUCAGAGACCGAGGCAUUCUUAUGGGCCCAGCGAGCAGCCGACCGGGGAUUUGGCCGAGCCUUUUUCUGCCUGGGCCAUUUCUACGAAUAUGGUAUUGGCGUUACAGCUGCGCCAGACCGAGCAAAGCACUGGUUUGCCAAAGCGCUCGAGCAAAAACACCCCAAAGCUGCAGGACGGCUGAAGGAGCUCGAGCGGCAAGCGACUAGUAUAACCCCUGAUCACAUUUCAUAG